AUGUCGGCGCCGCUCGGGGGCGGCGACAUCAGGAUGGAGGCCAUGCAGCGGCACCUGGACAGCGUGUUCAUUGGCUACCGCCCCGGAGAUCCCACGGCUGGGAUGCCGCCCGCCACCAUGCCGCCACCGUCUGUGCCGCCGCCGGCAGCGCUCAAGGACAUUGACCUGCGGGAGAUGAGCAUGGCGCAGCUGAGCGCAGAGGCGGCUGCCACGCAGACGCGGGACAUGUUUGUGGGGCUGCUGCCCGACCCGCCAGGCGUCCCGCCCAACCGGAUAGCCUACAUCACAGGGCAGGCGCCCAAGGAGCCAGAGGCGGCGCAGCAGGACGCAGUGCAGGCGGCAGCGCAGCAGCAGCAGCAGCAGCAGCAGCAGCAGCAGGCGGCAGCGCCGCCGCGGCCCUCCCAGCAGCUGAGCGAGGCAGAGAUAGUGGCGGUGCUUCAGCGGUACCUGGAGCCGCGCCUGGGCACCGGCGGAGAGGCCCGGGUGGGCAUCAGGGCGGCGGCCAGCAGCCAGCAGCCCAUCCCCUGGGAGGAGCUGGGCCUGGCGCGGGGCGGUCCCAGGAUGGGCGGCAUAGAGUGCGACCUGCGGCGGCUCUGGAGGCUGGCCUACCUGGACCAGGGCGGCUUUGAUGCGCUGGGCGCCGCGGGCGGGUGGCCCGCCGUGGCGCAGAAGCUGGGUGCUGACCUGAAGCGCAUCACAAACGCGGGCUACCUGGUCCAGCAGUGGUACCGCCGCUUCCUGCUGCCCUUCGAGCGACAUCUGGAGCAGCAAAGCAACGGCGGUGGCAAGAAGGCGGCGGCGGCGGCUGUGGAAGAUGGCGGGGAUGCCGACAUGGAGGAUGCCGGGCCGGCGGUGGCUGACGGGUUGCGAUGA